ACAAGACCAAAACAAAAUCAGUUCGGGAUUUACAGACAUCUAUUCUAUACGCUUAGUGUGAAAAACUGAAAACUCUAGCAAAAUACAAUGAUUUAAUUUAAUGAAUUAAUUAAUAAACAACCUUAUGCAUCCAUAUACGACAACGACGACGACAACAACGGCGAUAGAUAUGUGUGAAGAGCUCGAAUUAAAUCAUCUGCAAAGUGAUGAUAUUAUCGGUGCUGGCGGUACAGGUAGUCUAAGUGGUGGUGUCGGUGUCGUUCAGGAUGCAGUUCCCACAACAAAUAGCAAUUCGAAAGCCGAGUACUUUAUACAACAAUUGAACGCCAAUAACUUUAAGAAAUUGGCAUUAUGUAUGGUCAUUGGUUUCAUUGUGUAUCAUGGCAUACUCAAUUGGCAAUAUGGCAGCGAUUCCUGCCAGUGGCUGUUGUCGAAAGGACGCUUUAAGGGCAAUAAUGAAUGGCAGCCCUACGGUUGCAUGGUACACAAAUAUACCCAAACUGACACCCGUCGUUGUUUGCGUUACUUGGCAUUUUGGAGUUACAAAAAUCAUUUCAUAUUUGUUGGUGAUUAUUCGGUGCAUGAACUCUACAAGCAAUUCAUCAAUCAUCUGCAUCCCAAUGAUGAUGAUAAUGCAUCGAAACAUGGCCAACUCCCUGUUGAUGCGGAAUUCGAAGAUGGAAAAUUGAAAAUGCGUGCCACUUACAUAUUUGCCAAUGAAGUCUCGGAUGGAUUGCUGGAAACUUUGGCAAAAUUUCACGAUUCCAAUGAAGUGCGUGCUGUCUUCAUUGUGGGCUUUACCUAUCGCAAUUUUCUCAAUGGCAAUGUUACCGAAGAUCUUCUUAAACAAUACAGGACCAAUUUGACAAGGCUGGUAUUGCCAUUUGAUCAGCUGGUGGCUGAGAAAUCUACUGUGCUGUGGAAACUGCAAGAUCGUGUGAAUGAAGAGAAAUUAAUUGACUCAUGGAAAUUGGUAAAGAAUGAAGAUAUAGAUCGCCUCAAUUAUGUGGCACGUAGUGUAUUUCGUUAUACCGAUGCCACAGUGUGGGAAGCUGCCUGGCAGAUAUCCAAUGGUCUGGUGGACACAGCUGUGGAUGGCUAUAAGUUAUGCUCGUUGGGCUUGAAGCAUUAUACGCAGUUGAUUUUGAACAUGUAUUGCAAUGAUAAUAUGAAUUAUAACGAUGGAAGUUGUUGCAGCAGUGCUGAACCAUAUACCCUAUUGCAGAUAGUUACCUAUGCGGUAUUUGGAGUGUGCAUCAUCUUAGUGUGUGGCAUAUUCUUGCGUCGUUGGCUGUUACAUUUACGAGGACACACUUUCUACACACCGAUGAAGGCCGAACGACACGGCUUUCAUACAGCUCCCUUAGCUGCAUCGUCGUCUUCGUCUGCCGCCCUUGCCAAUGGAGUUGGUGGCGGUGGUGUUGGUGGUUCAUCAUUGGGCAUGGUUCGCAUGGACUAUACCACGCCUGUGGUGGCCUUGGCCAUGUUGGGCAUAAUCAUGGCCUAUUUCUAUCUAUGUGAUCGCACAAAUUUUUUCAUGAAAGAAAACAAAUAUUAUUCGGAAUUUAGUUUUUGGAUUCCGGUGGGCUAUGUUUUUGCCCUGGGCUUGUUUUUCACCGAGGACUCGCGUUUCACCAAAGUCCUUAAUAGGGAUCAAUCGGAUGAGUUGAAGGGCUGGAUACUUCUGGUGGUACUCAUCUACUAUAUGACAGGAGCCGAUAGGGUUCUGCCCAUACAUAUGCACAUUAAACUAUUGUUAAGUGGUUAUCUAUUCCAUACCGGGUACAGUCAUUUCUCGUACAUGUGGCAAACUGGAAACUCGGGAUUUAGCUUUUUCCAGGUCAUGUUCCGUCUGAACUUUAUGACAGUUAUAUUGUGCUUUUGCAUGAACCGUCCAUAUCAAUUCUACUAUUUUGUGCCAUUGCUGUCGUUUUGGAUGUGUGUGAUAUAUUUUUUGCUAGCAUUGCCUCCGCGGAUUACUGCCAGCUCGGUGGAGGCCAAUCCCUUGCAUUAUCUCUAUUUGGUGGGGAAGUUUGUGGGAUGCUUUAGUGUGGUGACCAUCCUCUUUAUGUCCGAGGUAUUUUUCGAGAGAAUCUUUGUAACGAGGCCGUGGAAGGCGUUGUUUGUGACCACCGACGAUGACAUACACGAUUGGUGGUAUCAAUGGAAAUUGGAUCGAUAUACAGUGAUGUUUGGCAUGAUAUUUGCCGCCUGCUUUCAUAUCGCCCAAAAGUACAGCAUAUUCGAUGAUAAUAAUCAUGGUAAUCUCUUUGCCCGUAGAACUUCAAUUACGGUCACCCUGUUGGCUGUGCUGGGUGUGGGUUUCUACACCGCCUUCUCUUUUCUGUGCCGUAACGAACAAAACUGUGAAGAGAUUCACUCGUACAUACUCUUUAUACCCAUUAUUGGCUAUAUAAUCUUAAGGAAUAUUUCCGGUAUAUUGCGCACUCGUUACUCCACCUUUUUUGCCUGGUUCGGUCGCAUAUCAUUGGAGUUGUUCAUAUGUCAGUAUCACAUAUGGCUGGCGGCCGAUCGCCAUGGAGUACUGGUGCUGUUGCCGGGCUUCCCCACGCUUAAUAUGAUUAUAACGUCGUUUAUAUUCGUAUGCGCCUCGCAUGAAGUGCAUCGCAUCACGCAAAUCUUACUGCCAUUUGCAGUACCAAAUGACUGGAAACUAGUAACACGAAAUUUUAUAAUAUUUCUCAUAAUGCUAAUCCCUAUAGCCCAUUCCGAUGGCAUGUUUUAGAGGAGUUGUUUUUUUUUACCACUAACGUAAGGGCGGGAGGGAACAUCUCUUAUGUCAGAUUAUGAAUUAUAGCAAAACCAAAACGACUUAACGAGCAUAAUAGGCAAACUAACUGCAAAAAAUAAACACACAAACAAGCAGCAAAUCUCCAAUUAAAGCUUAACAAUUUUAGUAGAGAACAAAGAAAAACUAAACUAUAAAAAAAUUUAAAAGAGUUGUGGUGAGAAGAGAGUUAGAUGGAGGUGAAAGACAAGCAUAACAAGUCAAUUUAAGUCUUUAGAAAGUUAUAAACUGCUAGUAGUCUACAAUUUAAAGUAACGAAAUGAUCGAAUGUUUUCAUUUCAUUUUUUAUUAGUAUUUCAUUUUUUACAAAAUGUCUCUUUCAACUUAACUUAAUUAUUAAAUCUAGGAACACUUAUUUAUUUAUAUACUCGUACUUAUUAACUAAUGGAAUACAAUUUUUUUGUUUUGUUUUCUCUUAAUUUAGCUUGAGUCAAGCACAAAAUGAUCAAAAAGAAAAAUGAAAAGAAAAUCAAUAAAUAUGGAAAAAAGCUCAAAGAUUAAUUGAACGAUGACUAAUCAAUUAAUAAAAAAUCAUAAAAAUAAUAA